AUGUUUGGCAGAGAAUUCAACAAUUAUGCACUGCUAUGUGGCGAUGGAAUACCAUUACUGCAAGAGAAUGACCGACCAAAAAUGUGUUUACCAUAUUCACAGAAUAAGGAAUAUAACUGUCCAAGCAACUUUUGGUGUCAUAUUGGUUCCUCAAACGCCACAAAUUAUUGUUGCCCGAAAAGCAAAUCAGUAUCAGACCUGUGCCGUCUUCCGCCAGCCAACGGUUACGGCUCCGGAAAGAUGAAACGUUACUGGUUUGACUGGAGAUCAUCAAUUUGUAGGGAACUGAUCUAUACUGGAUAUGGCGGCAACGAAAACAACUUUUUGACAAUAUCAGAGUGUGAAAAGGCCUGUUCUGGUGCUCCAGGUUCAACCGAAAUCCCAACUAUCCAUGUUCAAGUUGACACUAUAGCGCCAAAUCCGUCUGCUGCAGGUUAUACGCAGAAUAUGAUCCGCCUCGAUAAAUUUUCAGCUGAAAGAAUGCAUGUUUCAGAAACAACCCCGACGCCCACAGCUAAGCACACACAGCCUGUAAAAACAGCAACGGUAACGACAACACCGUAUCCAACCGAAGACGACAAAAACCCCUGUGAAUUUUCACCAGACAAAGGCCAUUCAGUCAAAGAUGCCAAAUCGUCGCUUAGGUGGUAUUACGACGUUGCUGCCGCACAUUGUGUUCAGUUCAACUACUUGGGUGAAGGUGGAAAUACCAACAAUUUUGAAACAGACCAUGCCUGUAUGGAUGCCUGUGGAUCUGGUAAGCACGAGAUUUCAUCAUGCUUAUAUCCUCUGUCAAAAGGAUCAGGGCCGUUCGAAAUUCAACGCUAUUACUACGAUGCAAAGCAGAAAGCAUGUGUCGAAUUUAUUUAUACCGGCAGAGGUGGAAACGGGAACAGAUUCACGUCAAAACAGGAGUGUUUGGCAGUUUGCAUUGAUCAAGUAGAAACUACCACUGCACUUUAUUCAACAAAUACUACACCGUAUACGGAAUUAAUGACAGCCACAGUGGAAUCCUCACCAGACACAUCAAUUGCUCAAACAGUUACAGAGGUCACUUCGUCAAGCACAAUGAGUGUGAACGUCAGUGGUCUUCAUACUACGACUCCAAACGCCUAUCCAACACUAAUUAGCAAUUUCAACAAAAUACUUUCUUUUGUCACGCCUGUUCCUAACGCACAAGUUCCACGGAAUCUAGUUUCCCAACCCCAGGAUGGAAAUACCACCAUUUUCUCAUUUAGACCUGAUAUGUUCCAGUCAUUAGCGAACGGUCUGCCAGAUAUUAGUUUAGCAGCAAAAAGUAUAUAUUCUCCAAUGGAAAAUGUUGCUUCACAAUAUGGCUCCUCAAAUAGUCAACUUUUUCCUCCAACAACUUCAAGCAGCGCUAGCAGCAAUGGCAUCGUCAGCAGUAUUUCUUUUCCAUCUCCCACGGGAAAUAAGGGUGUGCAGGUGAUUCCGCCAUACGCAACCACGAGUGGUUUAAGUAACAGCGAAGUUGGAUCAACGUUACAUCUAAGUCCCUGUUUACAACCGCUUUCUGCUGGCAGUUACGUUAAAGACUGUGCUUUCACGGAAAAUCCGGUAUGCGCUCCAGGAAUGUUCUGCCAGAUUGGACCACAGCAAAGCGUUUGCUGUCCAAACUUAGGCGACAACCCCUGUAUCCAACCACAAGAGCCUGGUUUCGGCACUGGAUCUCUGGGCCGUUGGUAUUACGAUGCAGCAUCUCGUCAGUGCAAAACUUUUGUUUUUAAUGGCUUUCGAGGUAAUCAAAACAAUUUUGUGACAUUUCGACUUUGUCAGCAAGCAUGCGGAGCUGUGAACCCGUGUCAGCGCGGUGACCCGCUGAUGCAGAUUAAUGUUCAUCAAAAGUGCACACCAAACAAUCCAUCUUCUUGCCCUUCUGGUUAUUUUUGUCAAAUAACAGACAACAGUGGGGACUCUCUAUGUUGUCCAGUGGAAGGGAACAGUAUGUUUCCCAGCAAUCAACCGACAAAUUCUAUGGCAGGAAAUUCGUUACCUGUUAGGAAAAUACCAGCAAAUUUGGUUAAUACGUAUGGUGACCGAGAUUCUCACGGGUCUCCUUGUUUUAUGAAAAUUGAGUAUGGUAAUGGUGAUCAGGCACUUCACAGAUGGGCUUACAACCCGAGCAAACAGACAUGUGAAACUUUUGUAUAUUCUGGAAGGAACGGGAAUCAGAAUAACUUUCUCACAAAGAGCGAUUGUAUGCAAACAUGUGUUGGUAUCAGAUGUUGUAGGCUCAGUUUGCUUGUUUUUAUAGCUAGCGAAAACCCUUGUGGUAGUGGCUUAGCAUUAACUAAUGGGAAUUCGUUUGUGAGGUGUACGUCGUUUGGACAAUCAAUAUGCCCGAGCACUCAUUAUUGCCAUAUCGGAAGUACCGACGAGACAACUGUUUGUUGCCCACUAAGCGGUUAUUUAAUUAUCUGCUUGAAUCGGUGUGUGCUACCGUUAGCGACUGGCAGAGGAUCUGCAGUACUUCAUCGGUAUUAUUUUGAUCCUAGUACAAGUACCUGUAAAGCUUUCACGUAUACUGGUAUUGGUGGUAACGAGAAUAACUUUAUGUCUAUUACAGAUUGUCGACUUGCAUGUCCAGAAUAUGAUAAUCCAUGCUCUAGCGGUACUCCGCUUGUCAAUCAACUAGAUGGAAGUGUUUCAUUCUGCUCGGCAGUCAACCCAAAUUGUCCUCCCGGUUAUUGGUGUCAUGUCGGUGACACACGACAAACAUCAGUGUGUUGUCCGGAAGGCUCGGUAGGUCAUUCAGAGCGAGUCGGUGGCAGUACAAAGUCAAGACGACCGUCAAUGAGUCCUGGAUUACACUCGCACAUUCAUUCCGCUACUAAGUGUACUUUACCAGUGAAAUCUGGAAAUGGUUAUUCACAGUUACCAAGGUUCUAUUAUAAUGCCAAAACUCGGGCUUGUGAACAAUUUGUUUACUCUGGAAAGGGUGGCAAUCAAAACAAUUUUGUGACUAAAUGGGAAUGCGAGGAUGCUUGUCCAGUUUUGGACAAUCCGUGUGCAGGUGGCUUUCCGGCAAUUGAUUCAGACGGCAGUCCUGUUCUUUGUUCUACAGCAGCUCCAAAUGUGUGCCCUUCUGGAUAUUUCUGCCACAUUGGUGCAACUGCAGCAACAACACUUUGUUGUCCAGGAGCUGGAAAUCCCUGUUACAUGCCAAUGGCUCGUGGUAAUGGUAAUUCCGUGUUAAACAGGUGGUACUUUAAUCAAGAAUCCCAAGUGUGCGUAAGUUUUGUGUACACAGGACGAAAUGGAAACCAAAACAAUUUCAUUAGCAGACAGGACUGUUUGACAGCAUGCCCAGAAUACAGAAGUCCAUGCCCUGAAGGGCAACCACAUAUAGGAUUAAGCGGACAGAUAACUCACUGUGGAGCCACUGGACCAUCGAUCUGUCCAACGACUUACUGGUGCCACGUUGGAGCUACUCUUGAUACCUCGACUAAAAUUGUUACAAAAAGCAAGUCGCUUCAGGUCUGUUGCCCAGGUGCCACUGAUCCUUGUGACCAAGAGUUACAGUUAGGAACGGGAUCAGCUCAGCUGUUACGUUUCUAUUACAAUCAAUUAACUCGAACUUGUCAACAGUUCCAGUAUUCUGGUUUAGGCGGCAACGAAAACAACUUUUUGACAUUGGAGGCUUGUGAAUCACGUUGUCCCGUUUUUGUGAACCCAUGUGCCUUUGGGCAACCUCAGCUUGAUGAAGCUCAUAAUCCAGUUCCUUGCAGUGCUGCCGAUGAAACAGUAUGUGCAGAUAACUAUUUUUGUCAUAUUGGUGAUUCUGAACAAACAACGGUAUGCUGUCCAGGAAGGAGUGAUGACUACUGCAGAGAGCCUAGAGUACCUGGUACUGGUACAGCUUCUCUAAGCCGUUUUGCUUAUAACGCUUUAACUCGUCAAUGCUUACCAUUUGUCUACACUGGUAUUGGUGGAAAUCAAAACAAUUUUCUUUCUAAAGCCGCUUGCGAAACUACAUGUCCAGUGCUUUCUAAUCCCUGCGCUGGUGGUGAUCCAGCAACAGGUGCAAACGGUCAAUACAUUAUGUGCUCAUCGACAGCUCCAAAUGUAUGUCCUUCCGGUUAUUGGUGUCAUAUCGGUGAAGAUGUUACAGCUUCCCUAUGUUGUCCUGGAGCUGAAAAUCCGUGCGCUUUGCCGCCUUCAAAAGGCUCGGGUUCUGCUGUUUUGGGCAGGUGGUACUUUGAUGUGAAUCUGCGGAGGUGUAUGCGGUUCACGUAUACUGGUUACGCUGGUAAUCAAAAUAAUUUCCUGACAUUACAAGAGUGCCAGUUAAGAUGUCCGGAGUUCCAGAAUCCAUGUGCGACUGGCGAUCCCGCUCAAGCGCCCUCUGGUGGUAUUUUAUUCUGUAGCUUGGAGCGUCAGACUUGUCCAUCUUCUUACUGGUGCCAUAUUGGCUCCUCCGCAGAUAACACAGUUUGCUGUCCUUCUCUAGGAGAUCCAUGUCUGGCGGCAAUGUCACCGGGUACUGGGACGGCUAAAUUACCUAGGUGGUAUUUUAAUCAGAACACAAGACAGUGUCUGCAGUUUACUUAUACUGGUAUUGGUGGUAAUGAAAAUAACUUUAACAGUGAAACAAGUUGUGCAGCAAAAUGCCCAGCUUCCGAUCCAUGCCGUUUGCCGAUGGCACAGGGAAUUCCAAGUGGAAUGGGGCCGUUUACCAGAUGGUAUUAUGAUUUAGACUCGCGAACCUGUAAGCCGUUUCAGUAUACCGGCAUGGCAGGCAAUGAAAAUAAUUUCCUUACCAAAGAGGACUGUGCAUCUAAAUGUCCCGAAUUUGCUAAUCCUUGUUAUACUGGUGAUCCUUAUCGUGAACUAGAAACAGGAUUGAUCCGUUUCUGCGAUUCUGAUUCUGCUGCUGAUUGUCCGAAAAAUUAUUAUUGUCAUGUUGGCGAAAAUGCACAAACAACUGUCUGCUGCCCUGGGUUUACUGAUCCAUGCUCAUCUCCACUCGCAAUUGGGUCAGGAUCUGCCAGCUUGUCAAGAUGGUAUUUUAACUCAAGGACCAAAAGAUGUCAACAGUUUACAUACACUGGAGUAGGCGGUAACAGCAACAACUUUAUGUCACAAAGUCACUGUGCUCGAACGUGCCCAGGUUUGUUACUAUACUUUUUGACUGUUGUCUGCAAAUAUACCUUAGAAUUUUCUAAUCCUUGCGCCAACGGUUCGCCUUUAACCACAAUCGGAGGAGCCAUCACUUAUUGUUCUCCACAAAACCCAAAUAUAUGCCCACAAGGCUAUUUCUGUCACGUCGGAAGUACGCAGGAGAGCACUGUCUGCUGUCCAGGAUCUGUUAAUCCUUGUCAACUGCCUCUGGAUGUCGGGCGCGGAGCUUCGGCAUUACCGCGUUACUACUUUAACCAACUUUCUAAAAAAUGCCAACAGUUUUCAUAUUCAGGACAGGGAGGAAACGCUAAUAAUUUUAUCAAUAUUGAAUCAUGUAGGCGGUCAUGUCCAGAAUACAACAAUCCGUGUCAGAUGGGCGAGCCUCUGCAACUGGUUGGCGGGGGGUCAUUUUAUUGUUCAUCAACUACUCCUUGUCCUCCAAACUAUUUCUGUCACAUCGGAGCUGAUGUUUCGUCCACUGUCUGCUGUCCCACGCCAGUGCAAGCCUCUCCUUGUAUGUUACCUGUAAUUAUCGGUACUGGACAGGCGCAACUCAACAGAUUUUAUUAUAACGCAGCGUUACAACUAUGCGUCCCAUUCGUUUACUCUGGUCUCGGUGCUCUUGGAUCACCUCCCUGUCAAGGUUCAGACUGUCCAUCACCAAAACUAAAGGCGAGACAUAAGAAAGAAGUGUUUUUAAAGGCACACGCACCUGUGAAACCACGUCUUUGUCCUCAAGGUGAACCUUUGAUGACCGUCAGCGGUGUUCCAGUCAGCUGUUCUAUCAAACAGGCUAAUGCCUGUCCGCACAAUGACUAUGUAUGUAAUGCAAUGGCAAACGGCGAUGCUUUCUGUUGUCCAGAUCCUCGUAACUUCUGCCUUCAACCAAGAAACCCAGGCAACUGCCAACCAUCAGAUUCUAUUCCCAAUAAAUAUGGUUACAAUCCCGUCUCUGACACUUGCGUACAAUUUAAAUUUACUGGUUGCGGUGGUAAUCUUAACAAUUUCAACUCUAUCAGUGAAUGUUCAAACAUCUGCUGCAAUAAAGGAUACAAUUUACUAUUUCAUGAUGCUACUGUUAGCGACCCGGUUCUGCCUGUUUCAAAUACAACAAAAAAAGGAAAGAUGAAUCGAAAACAUAUGGCAGCUGUUAACUUGUUAAACACUGAAACGAUGCUUUUCAACGAUGAUGAUCUGACAGGUAUAUUGGAUGUAAAUGGAACAAAACCUGUUAAAAUAACUAGGUCUGCCAAACGAGGAAACUGGUUUAACCUGUUGAAGUUUUGGUGAUC